GUCCCAUACACUUACACACCACGUGGCCAUGUUGGCAUAUAGGUGACCACCAUCCACAGCACCACCACCUCAGCAUUCAAUGUUCUAGCACACAUACCAUACAUACCAAAGCCUCGCUAACAGAUGGAUGGCAUUAAUAAUGGGUUAAACAUGUACCGGACACUGCCAGCUGGACAGGCGAUGGAGAUGUACGCUCAGGCACUUCACGAAGUUCGCGAGGGCUAUGAUGACGAGCCCGAGAUCAAAAGGCAGCGCGGCGCGUUGGCUCUUAUGCCACGCGGCAAUGACGGAAUGCAGCACCUCGCACCUCCGGAGCACUUACUUGCUGCCGGUGUUCAUAAAACGAAAGUCACAGAUCAGCAACUUUCAUUGGACUUGGACAGCAUGCCCGCUGGAUCAUUGCAAGCGCUGAGGGCGCGCUUGUCGGCUCCCUCAGCGCACGUUGGACAUGGCUUACUGCUGCCCACGCACCUAGACAGCCCGGCCGUAGCCUACGGAGCUCAGAGCCAGCAAGCUGACCUUUCGGAGCCUGCUGCAGCGGCAAAGCGCCGUGGGCGUCCCCCGGGGUCAAAGAACAAGCCCAAAAUACCAGAUGGCUAUGGCCUUUCUCCCGGCUUUCCUGCCGGUUCGCCAGCGAACGCGGUACCACAACCGGGCUCUUCAGAUGACGCUUACGAAGCUCCUGAUUCGGUUGACGGAGACGGCUAUGGCAGCCUGGAUGGGUCGGGCGCGCUUUCUGCCGGCAACCGCAAGCGCAAAACCGUAUGGUCGGCUCAGCCUCUGGGCGCCAGCACGUAUCACGACGAAGCAGAUUAUCAACAAGCAACCGCUCCGGAGACGCUGCAGCCAUCUCGCCGGACGGUACCCCUGUCCAGCGUGCCUCAACAGGCCCCUACCUUUCCCCCUCGCGGCGGCCUGCUGUCAGGCGCGGUGCCCUACCCCAAGAACAUGGUCCUGCUGGACCCCCAGGGUCUGCCGGUGAAGCGCGGUCGCGGCCGCCCCCGCAAGGACUACCCGCCCGGCUACCGCCUCGUCCCCGCCGACUCGGUUCCCCCCGAGGUAUUGGCGGCGGUAAACGGUGUGGACGAGGGAGAGGAUGGCGGAGAUGCCGGCGUGGAGGGUGGUGGUGGUGGCGGUGGUGGUGGCGUUGCUGGAAACGGCGGCGGUGGCGGCAUCCCGAUUGAGCUCAUGGCGGCGCUGACUGGCGUGGACCCCGCGGGUGUUGCGGCGGCUGCGGGUGGCGGAGGCGUGGCGACGGCGGCUGGCUGGGUGGCGGAUGCCGCUCCGCGCCAGCAGCAGCAGCACCAGGCUCGCGGUACAGCGACGGUGGGGGCGCAGGGUUACAGCUCGUACGCCGGCUUGUCAUGUGGGUCGGCGCCCACAGCGGAGGAGCCGGUUCAAAGCAUGGAAGGCCUUGUGGCGGCGAUUACGGCGGCAGCGGCUGGCGGGCCUGGGUCGCUGCAGAUGACGCUGGGUGAGAUGGUGAUGGCGGCUACAGGCUUCUCCACGGGGUCGGAGCAGCAGCAGCAGCCCCACACGGAUGGUGGCGGUAUCGUACACGCGGGUGGUUCCGGUGGUUCUGGAGCAGGUCGUUUUGGCAGCGGCGGCGGUGGAGGUGGAGGUGGCUAUGGAAACCAGGAGGCGCAAGGGUAUGUCAUGUACACUGGCGGCAUUGGCGGCGGCAGCGGUGCAGCUGCUGCUGCCAACGCAACCGAUGGUGCUACCCCACAUGGCCAGGUGGAGGAUCGAACGAAUGUCGGCAGGGAGGGUGGUCGACGGCAGGGAGGAUGUCUUUCUCCUCCCUCUUCCUCUGCUGCAGCGGAGGAUUGCAACGCGAUUGGCGGAGCAGCAGGAAGCGGUUAUGGUGCUGAGGGCGCUCGUCGGGGUGUCGUACCAGCGGGAUUCAGUUCUAUCCCGCAAGGAUUUCAUACGGACUUGGUUACGGUUGCUGGUGGCAGCAGCGGCAACCGUCGUACGGCAGUCCUACCUCCCUGUGAUGAUGGAGAGGGCAGGACGGCAGGAGCCAUGGAGCGAGGCGUUCGGACCUUGAUCUCCGCAGUGUGCAGUGCAGCGGAUAACGACGCCCCGCGUGCCUCCGCCUCCGCAUCCGUACGUCAGGAAGGGCAUUUUGCGGUUGUACGGCAUCGCGGCCUAGGCGGGGUAGCUGCCAGUAAUGGUGGCGGAUGCUGCAAGAGCGGGUGCUGUGUUGGCCGCAACGGUGGCAGUGGCGGCGGCCGUUGCUUCACGCACCCAGCCUUGGAGCAGCGUGCUCGUACGAGUGGGAUGUCGGCGCCCGAGCCGCAUGGCGGCGGAUGCAUGGAGGAUCAGGAGGAGGAGUGCGCUGGCGGCAGCGACCCAGAGGACGGAGAUGUGUCGCCGCGCGGCGGUGAAGUAGGUUGCAGCAGCAGGGAUCACGGCAGCGGCGGUUGGGUCAUUCCGCAGUAUGACGGAGCUGACGACGACUUUGGUCUAGGUCUGGACUCGGACCCUGCGCGUGCGGUGGUUGGGGGAGUGGGUGGGGUGGGUGGCGGCUCGGCCGUCGCCUUCACGGGCCUGUCCGGGGGAGAUCCCCUGCAGCAGCUCAUGUCUGCCAACGGCGGUGCGGCUGCGGCGGCGUCCGCACCUUCUCUUGCUUCUGCUGUUAGCGGUGCCGCUGCUGCUCCCGCUGCUGCUGUCGGCGGUGGGCUGAUACCGUCUUGGGCCAUGGGUGGCGUGCCCCAACAAGUAGCGCCGGGCAUGAUCCCAGUCAGCGCCACGGGCGGGGCGUUUGGCGCAUCAGCGGCUGCGGCUGUCGGGAGCUGCGCCCUGCCUGCCAUGGCUGCUGCUAGCGAGCCGUCGGCCCUUGCUUCCGUCGCCUCGGUUCCUCAGCACCACGCGUUUCCGGCGAUGCCGGGCCCUGCCGGCUGGCUGAACCCGCCGCAGAUGGUACCCGUUGCACCCCCGCUUGUCCCCAUGCAGCCUAUACCGCCGCAAGUACCGCAGAUGUUUCCCAUGCUGCCGAACAACCACCCAGCACCCCUGCCCGCCGCUUUCCAACAGCACCCAGCGCCCCAGUUGAUGACCUCGCAGCAGCCACAGCUGGAACAACAACACCAGAUGCUGCAGCUGUCUCAUCUGCAACCCCAACCGCAGCAACCGCAACCCUCGCAGCUGAUGUACAUGCAAUCCCUGGGGCUGCCAUCCCACAUGCCGCCGCUACGACCCGCCCAGCUGCAACCCUCGUCAAGCGCACAUCUUGCCUCGUCAUCCAGCAUCCCCAUGGGAGCUCCGGCCGCCGCCGCCUCGCUGCAACAACAACUCAACCAGGCACCAGCAGCCUUCAUUCCAACGUCCACAUCCCCACCCCUUCCCAUCUCCAUGGAAAGUGCCCCAGCUGCUACGGAGACUGCUGUCGGACCCGCUCCGGCAGCGGCAGCCCAGUCGGCAGCGGCGGCACCCGCGGGUUCCUUACAACGACCGCGACGCCAGCAAGUGGUUCCCGCUCGACUUGCGGGUGAGGACGUGGUGUUGGAUUCAGAGGCGAGCGGGCUGCUAGUCUCUGCUCCCUCCGGCGCUACAGCAGACGCCACGGGCCCGGCACUUCCUAAGCAGCAGCAGCCCCCCGAGCAGCAGCAGCAGGUGGGCGCUACCGCUACCCAGCAGCAUCAACAGCGGCUCCUUCUGCAACUGCAACUCCAUCAGUUGCAGCAACAACAACAGCUGCUCGCUGCGCAGCAGAAGCUGCAUGGUCCGCAUGCCCAAGCCCAACUGCAACACCUACAGCACCAGCAGCAGCUGCUGAUGCAUGCCCUUCACCAACUGCCCCCGCAGCAGCUUCCGCCCCUCCUUCAGCAGCACCAGCAUGCAAGUAAGCAGGAGGCUUCUGGAGCACAAGCCGUCAAACCGGAACAACCCGCAGCCGCCGCAGCUGGGAUCCAGGCCAGUGCCGCACAACAGCCCGUACUGCACCUCCACCCGCCCCUGCAUGCACCGCAGCAGCAGCCACAACAUCAAUGGCAGCACGCCCAGCCUAAACAAGAGGUUAAGACGGAGCCAGCUGCGACCAGCAAGCGUGGCGGCAGCAACAAGGCCGCGCCGGCGGUUUCCAAAACAGCCGCCGCUGCGGCUGCUGCUGCGGCAGCAGCUGCCGAAGCCGCCGAAGCCCCAGCGGGCCGCAGACCUCGGCGUGCUGCAGCGGUGCCGGCGCGCUUUGCGGAUUCGGUGCUGUUCUCCUGCCACCUGGCUGCUGGGGGCACCAGCAACGGGGGUGCCGUACGAGCCCGAUCAAAGAGCGUGGAUCCCCAGGAGGGAGAGGACGCGGAGGCGCCGCCCAAGCGGAAGGGCUCGGUGGGCCCGGACGCAGAGGGCAUGCCGGGGGAUUCUGAGGAGGAAGAUGAGGAUGGCGAGGAGGGUGGUGAGGGAGAGGAGGCUGAGGAGGGUGAGGAGUUGUCUGAGAGCCAGCAGCAGGAGGAGGAGGACUCGGAGGAGAUGUCGGAAGGGGAUGCGGAGUCCAAGCGCCAGGCCUACCUUGCACGUCGCCGCGAGGCCGCUCGUCGGCAGCGUCGCGAAGCCGCCGAGCAACGUCUCAAGCAGCGGCAAGACCUGCAGCAGCAACACCACCCGCAUCAACCGGCCAUGCAACCAGCUGGUCAGGCGCAACAUCAGCAGUACCCGCAGUCGCAGCAACCUGCAGCAGCCGCCUCCUUUCCUCAGGCGCCACGGCCCGCGUUGGCCGCCGCCGCCGCUGCCGCCGCUGGCGGCCCCGGCGGAGGUGGUCCCGGAAGCGAAGCCGACGGCGACUCCGAAACCGACGCCAACCGACGUCGUGGACAGGAGAAGCAGGUGCUCACAGCGGCAGAGCGACAUGAGCGGGAUCUUGCGCGCCGCCGGGAACGAGAGCGACAGCGCCGAGCGGAGCAGCGCAAAAUCAGAGAGGCAGCGAAGCUUCAGGUCGCGCAAGCAGCACAGGCCACCGCCGCCGCUGCUGCCGGGCUACCGCUGUACAUCCCUGGCGGUGUUUCGGGAGCCGCUGCUGGCUUGCUUCCGUUGGCACCACUAGCAGCGUCGGCAGCACUGCCAGCAGGGGUUGCGAUUGCGGGACCCGGGGGGCCGGCUGCCGCCGACGGUGAUGCGGCUGGGGUGCAGCAGCGGCGGGAGCAGGAGCAGCCCGUCGGUGUUGGGGCGAAUGGUGGAGUGGCAGGGGUAAAGCAAGAGCAAGACGGAGAGGUUGCCGGCGCUGGGGUUGCGGCUGCAGCAGCUGUCGGUCAACCAGCGGCUCUUCUCCCAGGUGCCGGCUCCGCGCCAGCGCUGGCCGCUACCUUGGCUGCUGCGUCUGGUCUAGCGGCGGCACGGCCUGCCCCCGCCGGCCCUGCGCUAACUACUGCGGCUCCAGGCGCCGCCCCUGCAGCGGUGCUGUCGGCGGUACUGGCGGGGGCCAAGCCGGCGCCCUCCGCCGUCCUGAAGGCGCCCGGAGCAGCAGCAGCAGCAGCCCUAGCUCCCGCAACGGCGGCGGCGGCGCUAGCUGCGCUUCGACCCGCACUUUCCGGUGCUGCUGCGGCGGCGCUGCCCGGCUCCACGACCAUCAACUUCGCCACCCUGCCGCCGUUGGUCCUGCCGCCGCCGCUGCCGCCAUCCGGCGGCGGCCCCAUCCGCUCCCUAGCGGCAAUGCCCACGGCACUGCCGCCGACGUCACGGCUGCUGACGUCGGCCGCCGUUCCUUCCGUCACCACCGCCGUCGGCGUCGCUGCCGCUGCCAAGACCGCCGCCAUCGCCGUCUCACCGGUUGUUUCAUCCAUGGGGGACCCCGCGUUAGCCGCUGCUGCCGCCGCUGCUGGGCAGAAGCGGCCGCGACAGAGGUUCUUGGGCACCCCUACCGAGAAGCGGGAGCGGGAGCUGGCGAUAAAGCGCGAGCGGGAACGCCAGCGACGCUUACGGCUGAAGCAAGAGCGGAUGAUGAAGAAUGGCGAGGGCGGCGAGUCCGGCGCAGGGACAACUUCGGGUGGCGGCGGCGGUGGCGGCGGCGCCGGCCGGGUGGGCUUUGCACCUACUGGCGAUGGCGACAGCCCCCUAACAACGUCCUCCAACGGCCCCAUUCCUUCCGAUUCCGGUGAUGACGGCGUGUCGCAGCAGCCGCAGGAUUUCGGGGAGGACGGGCGGGAUCAGGAGCAGCGAGGCGGCGGGAAUGAUGACGGCGACAAGGAGGCGAAUCAGCCGCCGCAGGAGCGACAACGCCGGCGGCGGCAUGACGGCGGCGGCGGAGGCGGCGCCUCGGAUGCUAACGACGGCGGCGGCGGCGGUGACGACGAUAACAGCGGCGACGGCGACGGCGGCAACCCCAAUGAGACCGCAGAAGAGCGGCGGGAGCGCGAGCUGGCUGUCAAGCGUGAACGCGAGCGACAGCGGCGGCAACGUCUCAAGGAGGAGCGGGAGGCGGCCGCGGCGGCGCUGGUUCUGGGCCCCGUGUCACGUCGCCGAGAGGCUCCUCAGCGCGCCGCGGCGGCGGCGGCAGCGGCCGUCGUCAACAUGUUUGCUACCUCCGGAGCUGCCCCGGUGGCUUCAGGUGGCGGCGGCGGCGGGACGACAGCCGGCGGUGGCGGCGGCGGUGGCGGCGGCGGCACUGGUAAAGCGUCUUUAGACGCGGCGGCGGCGGGACGUCGGGAUAAGGCACUUGCAGAGAAGCGCGAGCGGGAGCGUCAGCGGCGGCGGGAGCUGAAGCGUCAGCGGCGGAAGGAGCAAGGCGGUGACGGAGGCGAGUCGGAGGACCAGGGAACGCCGCCGCCGUCGUCGGCGCCGCCGCAGAAGGGCAACAGCGUGGCCUUCUACCAUGCGCUGCUGCGUAAGGUGAAGCGGCAGGUGCAGCAUAUCAAGCAGGAGGAGCACGCCCUCACCGUGUACGAGGCUGAGGGCUGGCGCGGCGGCGCGCGCAAGAAGGUGCAGCUGACGUACGACAUGUGCCGCAGCCGGCAGGCCCUGGAGCGCCGCCGGGCCGCCAUCCGUGAGGCGGUGGCGCUGUGUGACGCGCCGCCGGGGCUCAAGUCCAUUCCCGCGGAGCUGUUUGAUGAGGAGGGUGAGCUGGAGGAGCACCAUAUCUUCUGUGCGGUGUGCUACAGCUACGAGAUGGCGGAUGACGACGACGUCAUCCUGUGCGACGGGCCCUGCAACUGCGCCUUCCACCAGAACUGCCUGGACCCGCCGGUGGACGUCUCCAAGCUGCCCGAGGACGAGGGCUGGCUGUGCCCCGCGUGCGACUGCAAGGCUGACAUCCUGGACGUGCUGUACGAGGAGUUUGGAAUUGAGUACGACAUUAACGACCCCUGGACGGCCAUCCUGCCGCCAACCGCCAACGAGGAGGCGGCGGGUGGGGAGCAUGACACGGAGGGGGCUGCAGGCACCGGCAGCGCCGACGAGGAGGCGGGCGAGGGCGAGGGUGAGGGCGGCCGGCGGUCCCGGCGGCCGCGGCGGCGCAUCCGGCCUCCUCCGCCGGGCGCCGAGCCGGCAAUGGUGGGCUGGCUGGCUGAGAGGCUGCCCUCGGAGGAUGAGGAGGACGAGGACUUUGCUGCUGCGGAUGACGCUGAGGGCAGCAGCGGUGAGGAGGAGGAGGGUGAGGGCGGCGGCAAGCAGGCGGCAGCAGCAGCAGUCCUUGGUUCCAUCCCCGGGGCCGCAGCUGCAGCGGCGGUGGCGGCGGAGGGAUCUGCGGAGCCAGGUGCCGGGGGCGGCGAGGAGGAGGCGGAGGCUGGAGGAGGGGAAGCAGAGGAGGAGGGUGAUGGCGAGGAGGAGGAGGAGGAGGGAGACGACUCUGACGAGGACAUGGAUGAUUUGGAGGAGGAGUCUGAUUUGAGCGGUCUAGGAGAGGGCGAUGAGGAUGAGGGCAGCGGUUCGCUGUCUGAUGGAGACGAGGAGGAUGAGGACGGCGGCGAGGGCGGCGGCGAGGGAAGCAUGGAGCCGGAGGAGGUGGUGCACGGCAAGCGGCAGCGCAAGCAGGUCAACUACGCCGAGCUGCACAAGCAGCUGUUUGGCACCGCGCCCGCUGCUCCAGGGGAGGACGAGGGUGAGGAGGACGAUGACUACGACCCCGACAUGGCCUCCCCGCCAAGCAAGAAGCAAAAGGGAGGCGGCGGAGGAGGUCAACAGUCUUAAGCUGCCCUGCUUUUCGGAUCUUGUUUGGAUCUGCUUUCUGGAUUAUCCUGUUUGAAUCCUUAUUGGAUUCGAUGUAGUUCUCAUAUGUGCGGGAAGAGCUUCAGGAGCAUGAGAAGGCUGGCGCAGAUUUUGUCAACGUUCAUUUCGCGUCAUCACGCGCAAUAGGAAGGGAUUGGCGACACUUUCAUAAGAGCUGUGAGGCUCCGUGCAUGCCCACAUGGUCAAAGCGCGUUCUGCGUGGGUGUUUUUGAGUGGUUCCGUAACAUGUUACUGGAUUGGAGCGGCACAUGGGGCCUAGGUUAACGGUUGACGGAGACCUAUUCUUAGGAGCCGUCAUGUUGAGACGAGACGGCGCUAUGGUUGUGGAAGGUCCAAGGACCCAGAAUUGGGCAUCGUAAUGCGGGGAAACGCGCUUCACUUCUUAGCAAUCAAGAUGAAAGUGGGUAGUGGUGUAGGGGUUAUGUAGUUGUCCGUGUUGAAAAAACUGGCCGCGAGUCCGUGGGUGUGAUGUCCUCAUGUGGUGUCGUACCUACGUACGUACGACACGUUUCAUGCGGCUCUCUGAUUACUGAAACUGGUCAUUGCUUUUCCUUCCUUGGGCUGACCCUGGCUCGCGGCAUCUCCGGUAGCUGGAAGGAGGGGAAGACUUGUGAGGCUCCCCACUGCGUGUAUGUCAGAGCGGUACUGAACUGGUAGUUGCAUUGUUGGUGGGGGGGGGGGGGGAUCCGCACGCGGCACACGUUGAGGGUGGUACCGAUAGGCUUCCUUGACACCUCUCCCGUGACGGGCAUUACCACAAGUCGGAGGACAUGCAUGGGUAUACCGGCAAGCUACAAAGAGAAAGGAACACAAAGGUUACUGUUUACGAGGUGACGAGGUGGAGGUGGAGAAGAUUGUAGGUUGGGUUGGCAGCAGCUUGCCGCGUUAAUGGGAUAAGAAGCUAAGUACGUGCUCCCUUACUGCUCUGCUCUGCUGAAUGGACCCAAACUCCGACAAGUAGGUGAGGUGAGGAGCCGGGAGGGGCGGCUGCGGCUGCGGCUGACCCGGGGGUCUGUUAAACGCGACUAGGAAGAAGCAUUUGACCAGAGACGUGGUCCAUGUGACCCCCGCGAAGAGGUUGCUAACUGUGGCUUGAGGAGGCUGAGCAAGGGCAGCCAACUGGCAACUGCGGUCCUGCAGGCCGUGCGAGCGCAACAGCUUUGUCGCUAGGUCCAAAGCCGAAGCGACGCUAAUCUCAAAGGACGUCAUGAAAAAAACGAGAAUGGGC